AUGGAGCCUGUUCGUGACGGACAGCCUACAGAAGGCAAUUCUUCUCCGGAGCGCAGCGAGGAAAAGACGCGCAAUGAUUGGGCCCUCCGAUCUGAAGUUGUCGCCAUGUCAGAUCAAGAUCAGGCGUCUGGAUUCCCUCGUCGAGAGCUUGGUUUGACAUGGCAAGGUCUUACCGUCGAGGCCUUGAGUACCGAGGCUGCUAUUCACGAAAACGUCAUAUCGCAAUUCAACAUUCCCGCGAAAGUCAUGGAGUCUCGACAGAAGCCCCCUCUGCGAACUAUUCUUGACAAUAGCCAUGGUUGUGUGAAACCGGGCGAGAUGCUGCUAGUGCUCGGGCGCCCUGGCUCAGGUUGUACAACUUUACUCAACAUGCUCGCUAACAAGCGACGAGGCUACGCAAAAGUCUCUGGCAGCGUUAGUUACGGCUCAAUGAACGCCGACGAAGCUGAAGGCUACCGGGGACAGAUCGUCAUGAAUACCGAGGAAGAGGUCUUCUACCCAUCUCUGACUGUUGGUCAGACAAUGGACUUCGCAACCCGUCUAAAGAUGGGUGCUCAGCUUCCGCAGGGGGCAAAGAGCAACGAAGAACAACGCACCGCGUUCCGUGACUUCUUGCUCAGAUCUAUGAGCAUUGAGCAUACCAAUGAUACUAAGGUGGGCAAUGCUUUUGUUCGCGGUGUCUCUGGUGGCGAGAGGAAGCGUGUUUCUAUCAUCGAGUGUCUCGCUACAAAGGGCAGCGUCUUCUGCUGGGACAAUUCGACUAGAGGGCUAGAUGCCAGCACCGCUCUCGAGUAUGCAAAAGCUAUUCGAGCCAUGACGGAUGUUCUCGGGCUCGCGACGAUCGUGACCUUAUAUCAAGCGGGCAACGGCAUUUAUGAUCUCUUCGAUAAGGUUCUAGUCCUAGAUGAGGGUAAAGAGGUCUACUAUGGCCCCAUGUCUGAAGCCCGUCCUUUUAUGGAGCAGCUGGGCUUUGUUUGCGAGACUGGCGCUAAUGUGGCUGACUACCUGACCGGUGUCACGGUUCCUACUGAGCGCAAGAUCAAUCCUGCUAUGGAAAACAGCUUCCCCAGAACAGCCGAAGAGAUCCGCCGACGCUACGAGGAUUCAAACUUGCAUCCACGCAUGAUUUCCGAGUACAGCUAUCCUAUGACGGAAGAGGCCAAAACAAACACUGCUAGCUUUAAAGAAGCCAUUGCGAUUGAGAAGGACAAGAGACUGCCUCCCACCAGUCCCAUGACUGUGAGCUUUAUUGCCCAAACCAUGGCCUGCGUGGCUCGGCAGUAUCAGAUCCUUUGGGGCGACAAGUCGAGCUUCAUGAUAAAGCAGGUGUCAACGCUGGUUCAGGCUCUCAUCGGAGGAUCGCUCUUCUACAAUGCGCCAAACACGACUGCCGGCCUUUUCAUCAAGUCCGGAGCAUGUUUCUUGGCCUUACUAUUUAACAGUCUGCUAUCCAUGUCGGAAGUGACUGACUCUUUCCAUGGACGCCCUGUUUUACUUAAGCACAAAUCUUUCGCCUAUUUCCACCCAGCGGCUUUCUGUAUCUCCCAGAUUGCCGCCGAUAUUCCUGUCAUUCUAUUCCAGGUCUCUGUCUUCUCGCUCAUUAUAUACUUCAUGGCCGGAUUGACCUCGACCGCCAGUGCUUUCUUCACCUUCUGGGUUAUCGUCGUGGCCACCACCUUCUGUAUGACAGCGCUUUUCCGUGCUAUCGGCGCGGCUUUCAGCACUUUUGACGGCGCCUCUAAGGUCUCUGGCUUUUUGGUAACCGCGUAUAUCAUGUAUACGGGAUACAUGAUUCAAAAACCGCGAAUGCACGACUGGUUUGUCUGGAUAUUUUGGAUUGAUCCGCUAUCAUAUUCGUUUGAUGCGCUGCUGUCUAAUGAAUUUCAUAACAAGGUUAUCCCUUGUGUUGGCAACAACCUCAUUCCGAGCGGUCCAUCUUACGCCGAUGCUAAAAGCCAGGCUUGUGCGGGCGUUGGCGGCGCUGUCGCCGGCCAGACUUAUAUCGACGGCGACGCGUACCUUGCCUCGCUCUCCUACAGCCACGACCAUGUGUGGAGGAACUUUGGCAUCAUCUGGGCCUGGUGGGUACUUUUCGUUGCCAUCACUAUCAUCACCACCACGCGCUGGCAUGCUGCGUCGGAAGAUGGGCCGAGUCUGGUGAUUCCCCGUGAAAAAGCAGGUCUCAGAAAGGUGCGCAUGGCCGACGAGGAACGCGGCCAAAAGACAGCUGUCUCUUCGAACUCGCCUUCGCGUGAUGGAUCCGAUGACGAAACGAGCCAGCCCAACUUGAUCCGCAACACGUCUAUCUUCACCUGGAAAAACCUAUCAUACACUGUAAAAACACCGCAAGGUGAUCGUCUUUUACUCGAUAAUGUGCAAGGAUGGGUGAGACCUGGAAAUCUCACAGCCCUUAUGGGGUCGUCAGGCGCUGGUAAAACGACACUUCUUGAUGUGCUUGCUCAGAGGAAGACAGACGGAUCUAUCCAUGGCUCUAUCUUGGUCGAUGGUCGUCCACUUCCUGUUUCUUUCCAGCGCUCUGCCGGCUAUUGCGAGCAACUCGAUGUCCACGAGUCCUACGCCACGGUCCGUGAAGCUCUUGAGUUCUCCGCCCUGCUCCGCCAAAGCCGUGAGACUCCGCGCGCGGAAAAGUUAGCAUACGUCAAUACGAUUAUCGAGCUUCUAGAACUUCACGAUAUUGCCGACACGCUUAUUGGUGAGGUUGGCGCCGGACUUAGUGUUGAGCAGCGCAAGCGUGUUACUAUUGGCGUCGAGUUGGUCUCGAAGCCUAGCAUCCUCAUCUUCCUUGAUGAGCCAACCUCAGGUCUUGAUGGACAGUCUGCGUUUCAUACGGUUCGUUUCCUUAGGAAACUAGCUGCUGUGGGCCAGGCUGUCUUAGUCACCAUUCAUCAACCUUCUGCGCAAUUAUUCUCUCAGUUCGACACCUUGCUAUUAUUAGCUAAGGGUGGUAGGACUGUAUACUUUGGCGAUAUUGGUGAUCAAGCUUCCACCAUCAAGAGCUAUUUCAGUCGUUAUAACGCACCCUGCCCUCCUGGCGUCAACCCUGCGGAGCACAUGAUCGAUGUUGUGUCAGGAACGUUAUCCAAAGGACGCGAUUGGGGUGAGAUCUGGCUAGCUUCUCCAGAGUACGAAAAGAUGACCCAGGAGCUUGACACAAUGAUCGAAGACGCUGCUUCAAAGCCUCCAGGCACUAUCGACGAUGGUCAUGAGUUCGCAGCUCCGCUAUGGGAACAGACCAGAUUAGUCACACAGCGUAUGAACGUCUCGCUCUAUCGCAAUGUUGACUACGUCAAUAACAAGCUGGCGCUACACGUCUUCUCUGCUCUAUUCAAUGGUUUCAGUUUCUGGAUGAUUGGCGACUCAGUGGCUGACAUACAGCUGAAACUCUUCACUAUCUUCAACUUCAUCUUUGUGGCGCCUGGUGUGCUAGCGCAGUUACAACCCUUAUUUAUUCACCGCCGCGAUAUUUUCGAAACACGGGAGAAGAAAAGUAAGAUGUAUUCUUGGAUCGCCUUCGUCACCGGCCUUAUCGUCUCCGAGAUUCCAUACCUUAUCAUCUGCGGGGUACUCUACUUUAUCUGCUGGUAUUAUACGGUCGGCUUCCCCACGGACUCUAAUCGGGCGGGCGCCACAUUCUUCGUUGUUGUUGCCUACGAGUUCCUCUAUACUGGAAUCGGUCAAUUCAUUGCCGCCUACGCCCCCAACGAGGUCUUCGCGUCUCUGGUCAAUCCGCUUCUUCUUGGUGUUCUCGUGUCUUUCUGUGGAGUGCUAGUACCUUACGCUCAGAUCCUCUCUUUCUGGCGCAGCUGGCUUUAUUGGUUGAACCCAUUCAACUAUCUCAUGGGCAGCCUUCUGGUUUUCAACGUCUGGGGGAGCAAGGUUGAGUGCGACGAUCGCGAAUUCGCAGUCUUCAACCCCGUCAACGGGACGACCUGCGGCGAGUAUCUAACCGACUACCUUUCCCAGAGCGCCAGUCAUCUCGUCAAUCCCAACGCCACGUCCGACUGCCGAAUCUGUACAUACUCUAAGGGUGAGGACUAUCUCAAAACCUUGAACCUAAAGGCGUAUUCAUACGGUUGGCGGGAUGCGGGUAUUGUGGCGGGCAUGGUCCUUAGUUCGUAUGCUUUGGUGUACAUUUUGAUGAAACUGCGCACAAAGACAUCGAAAAAAGCAGAGUAG